UAUAUACUUUGUGCAUUAUUCAUAUCUUACCUUAUUUAUGCAAAUAUCAUUAUUCUGUUCACCUUACAAAAAUUAAAAAGAAUAUAAAAAGAAAAAGAAAGAAAAAUACAUGAAACUUUUUUGGAUGCUUCCUGCUGAGAGAAGAAUGCAAAAUCCAACAAAACAUGUUAUAUUUUUGGUAUUAUUCUUAAAUUCUAAAAUUCAACUAUAUAGUUGUAAAAUGUGUAUGUUUUUAUUCUUUUAACCUUUUAAAAGUACUGGAAAAUUGUGAGUAGAGAGAGAGAGAGAAGAAGAAAAGAACAAUUUUAUUUUAUAUUUUAGUAUAUUUAUAAUUUUUGGUUUUUAUGUUUGUUUGUUUGUUGCAACCGUUGGAUCAUUCUGGUUUUCGAUCUGUACUUUGGUCGCUGAGACAUAGCCAUGAAUGCUAUAGAUCCGAGUGUCUGAAACAACAUUCGUCGCAUUGUUCCACUUUCUACUACUUUCUUGUUCAAUCAAUUUUUGACUUGAGUCAAUAAUUUUCGUUUGAGGCGAAUUAUGGGUGUUGCUAGUUAGGUUUUAUAUCUUGGUUUGUUUGGAGGUGUUGAGGUAAGACUUGUGUGAUACUGAAUUGGGUGGUGGAGAUGCCACCUUCACCAGCAAUGAGAUACUCUCCCGGGAGAGAGGUGAGAGGAGAUGGUCACAAGCGGAGGCACAGUCUUGAAAGUGGAAUACUUUUCCGGGAGAAAGAUGACGAUCUUACUUUGUUUAAUGAAAUGCAGUCUAGAGAAAGAGAUAGUUUUUUGCUUCAGUCUUCGGAUGACUUGGAAGAUUCAUUCGCUACGAGGCUGAGACAUUUUUCUGAGGUCAACGUUGGAAUCUCCAUUCCUGGUCGGCGAGAAACUAGUGACUUGCUUAAUGUAGAUGGCGACAAGAAUGACUAUGACUGGUUAUUGACACCCCCAGAUACGCCACUGUUUCCUUCAUUAGAUGAAGAUCCACCAUAUACUAAUGUUGCAAGCAGAGGAAGGCCUCAAAGCAAACCCAUUACCAUAUCAAGAUCUUCUACGAUGGAGAAAAGUCGUAGAAGCAGUAGGGGCAGUGCAAGUCCAAAUCGUUUAAGUCCAUCUCCUCGUUCGGGGAGUAAUACAUUGCAAUCAAGGGGAAGACCUUCAUCAUCAGUGCCAAAUUACAGUCCAACCUCAAGUUUACGGAAUGCCACUCCAUCAAGAAGACCAUCUCCACCUCCAAAUAAGCCCACGACACCUGUUUCCAAGUCCUCCUCUUUUACUCCACGGAGGUUGAGCACUGGUUCCAGUGGCUCUGUUGUCACAUCUGGAGUUAGGGGGACUUCCCCGGUUAAGACAAGUCGGGGAAAUUCUUCAUCACCAAAGAUAAGGGCAUGGCAAACUAAUAUACCUGGCUUCUCUUCUGAAGCUCCUCCCAAUCUUCGUACUUCUUUGGCUGAUCGACCAGCAACAUAUGUGAGGGGUUCAUCUCCAGCAUCAAGAAAUGGUAGGGACUCCACGUCCAAAUUCAGCCGGCAAUCAAUGUCUCCAACUCCUUCUAGGAGCAGUAGCUCUAUCCAUAGUCACGAUCGAGACCCAUUCAGUUCACGCAGCAAAGGUUCUAUUGCAUCAUCUGGUGAUGAUGAUCUGGACUCUCUUCAGUCCAUCCCAGUAGUGGGUAGCUUAGACAGAUUGAGUUCAAGAAGGGAUGGGUCAUUUUCAACCAAUAGAGCUCUUUCCAUUUCCAAGAAAUCACCCAGGAUGGCGUCCCCAAAUUCUGCUCCUAAAAAAUCAUUCGACUCUGCUUUCCGGCAAAUGGAUAGGAAAAGCCCUCAAAACAUGUUCAGGCCACUUUUAUCAAGUGUUCCAAGUACAACACUUUAUGCUGGAAAUUCGAAUUCUGCACAUCGUUCCCUUGUAUAUAGGAACUCCUCCGUUGCAACAAGCAGCAAUUCAACUUCUGAUCGAGUUACAUCUUUUGCUCUAGAUACUGAAGGGAUUGACCAUAGUCAAGAUGAUAUGGCAAGUGAAACUGAUAAGAUGUUAUAUCCUGAUUUAGAUGAUGAAGUGUUUGCAUUUGAUAAGAUGGAUGGAUUAAAUGCAAAUAUUAAACACGAGAUCACCAAGGAGUCAGUCACUGUCAUGCAAAAUCAAAACAGAGGCCCUAAUUCAGUUCUUGGUCCAACUGAAGCUGAGGGUUCUGUUUACCAUGCUCAUAGUGAUGCUGAAGGCAAUGAAAGUUCAGAAACUUCACAUCUCAGAGAUGUCAUUUCUGAAAUUGGUAGUUUUGAAAAUACAGCAAUCUGUUCUCAAUGUGGUUGUUGUUAUCAAGUCAUUAGUCAAACUGAGGAGAAUAUUGAGCUUUGUCCGGAAUGCAGCAGGAAAUUGUUGAGAGCCAUCCUCCCUGAGUCAAUGUUGGUUGUAUCUGAGCGUUCUUCAGUGAUUUCUGCAAACAUGCCUAAAGAAGAAAAAUCAUUAGCUGAAACAAGCCAACUAAGGACUGCUUCUGAACUUCCUCAAGAGACUGAUACAGAUAACUUGAGGUUUCCCCUUGGCGAACAUGGUUAUGAGGAAAGUCAAACUUCAUGCAGUGAACUAAACCAGGUUCACUCACAAAACAGUUCAAUUCCAAGUUCAUUGAGUGAGGGAGUUGACCCUACAAAUCAGCUAGAGAUGAACCAACCAGAAGUUGAUAACAACAAGCACAACGAUGAAUUUGAGGAUCAGCAGUUGGAUCAUCACUCCAGUGAUCGCCCAAAUAUGAACACGGACCCCAUGGAAGGCACCGGCAUUUCUGUAUUGCUGAAAAGGUCCAGCAGCAACAAAGGGCCUAUAGUUCGGACCAGGACUUUUACUGCCACAACCAUAUCUUACGAUGAUCUUUCUCUUUCAAGAGACAGUGUAAACAGUAUUAGAAGUUCAACGAGACCUGGCAGUUAUUCUGCCUCAUCAUCGACUGAUUUUGGCUCUACUAGACCAACAGAGUUUCGUAUCCACAGGCAGUCGAGUGGCAGGAAAUUGGAUGCGGAUUGUGGAUAUGACUCAAGGAUUAAGCCUUCAAGCACCAGUUCAUCUAUCUCAAUAACUUCAAACCAUUCUCACCAUGAAGUAGGUCUUGCAACUCGAGAAACGCCUGGCAACACAGAAUAUAGCCUUGUGGAAGAGAUACCUCAAGUUCUGCAAGAUACUCAAAUUUCAGAAAAUACAAUGACAGAUAUAGUUGAUGCGUCUCCUAUCGACUCAACUUUUGUUGAGGAAGAAAAACUAGAAAAUGAUGAUAGUAGUAGAGGAAAUAAUGCUCGCAGCUCAGAACUUUUAAGUCAGGAAGCUGGUUUUCAGCCUGAUGAUAAUAUAGUGACAUCACUUCCAAAUCCUGAUGAUAAUGUUGAAGACCAUCGAAAUAAUGCAAGGAAUGCCUCAAAUACAGAAACAGCAGUUAAGGCUCCAGAGUCAUCAUGUCAUGAGAAGAAUGAUGUGCAGAGUUCUGAAGUUAAUGAACCGAAUGCUUCGGUUAUUGCCAGCUGUUCUACAAUCACAGAAUCAGAAAUAGAAGGGGAAAACUAUUGCGGAAAUAGUACUGACCUGGUGAACAAUGAUCUAUCCCUGGUAUCAAAAAGCGCCCUCGAUGACUUUCAGGAACCUUCUGCUCAAAAUCCUUCCACUGAUUGUCACACUGCUUCUGUUUCAGAGCUCAAUGUACCGGAAUCCCGUGGCACUGAGGAAUCAACAGUUACAGUGGAGUGUCAAGGUACAGGCAACACUAGAAGCCUAACACUUGAAGAGGCAACAGAUACAAUCCUAUUUUGCAGUUCGAUCAUCCACGAUCUAGCAUAUCAAGCUGCAACAAUAGCAAUGGAAAAUGAACACUCCGAUCCAUUCGAAGGUUCUGAACCAACAGUAACUUUAUUGGGGAAACCCGUUUCUGAAAAAAAGGAUGUUCGCAGACGACCUGUCAGCAAGCGUGCUUUAAAAACUCCAAAGACCAGACAGAAGAGUAUGGAUACUGACGUCAAAACCGUUUCUGGCAAGACGGAGAAUGAUGAAAAUAUUGAUGAGUCUUACACAAAUAAUGUUGGGCUUCCUAACAAGGUAGAUAAUAAUAGUAUGAAGCCACCAAAGCUUGAAUCAAAGUGCAAUUGCAUCAUAAUGUGAGAGUGCAAUGCUUUCAAUUCCUGCACUUAUAUACUACAAGAUCUUAGCCAAGUUCUUGCAAGUUUAUAUGAUUUUAAUUUUGAAGGCUGAUUUGAUUGGGAUAAUAACCAUUGCCAAUUGGUUUAAUGUUGAUUCCAUUCCAAUAUAUUUUGUAACAAAUGCCACGUUGUGUUUGACAUAGUUGUAAAGUUAUUUUUUUUAACCAUUUUUUUUGUCUGUAAGCUAUUAUUAGUUAAGCUAUUAUUAGUUAGAGGCAUUUUGGAGGAUUGUGCUGUGCCUGUGCUUGUGCAUGUGCUACUCCAUUUGCUGCAUUCUUGUUUGUUAUUUCCAUAUAAGCUAUAAGUGAUCCAUUAAAGGAAGUGUGAAGUAGAAAAGCAUUCAUAUUAUUCAUUGA